GGGGAGCCGACUGGGAGAAUGAAGGAACAGAGGAGUUCCUUGCAAGUAACCAGGCCUUAAUCAGGUGGGAGGAGAAUGGUACUGUGGGAACCUUGCCUGCGUGGCUGCUAGUGGUGAAACGAACAUCACUGGCUUCUCAUCAUUGAACACUUAUGCUAUCGCGUUCACACUUGCUCUAAUAGGUUCCUCCGGUGUUCGUUAAUUUGAGUUCCGCGCUGAAGUGAUCUUGAAGAUCCUGAAAUACUCGCUAUCUUCGGACCGAACAUAGGCUUGGGCCCAAUUGCAAAUCAAAUACUCCUAUCAUGCAAGUUUUUAAUACCGUCAGAAGAAGCAUAGAAUCACCCACGUCUCCAAUGAAGAUUAGGGUAGACUUUGGAGGACUUCGCAAAAUCUGUAUACAGUGCCUGCAAGAGAUGCUUUGCGAUGUAUCUUGUGUUGGAUUAUCUGUGUGCACCAACUAAAGCCCUUAGGUAGAAACCCAGUUUUUGGAAGACAAGACAAAGAAGCAUCCCAGUGAGAGUACCCUCUGUAAUACUCAAUCAGACGCUCAUAGUUAUAGGAUA